AUGACUGGCGCAAAAUGGCGAAUUGUAGAGAUGGCCGAUUCUGGUGUGCAGCAGCCUUGUCAACUCCUCCUUCUCUGCUUUGCGGACUGGGUUACUCGGCCCAUGGCACCUAGGAUGAUCUGGUCUCGUCCGUUGGAAAUCCUCUUCGCCAUUUACACCGCUCCAUUGCGACACUCGGCACCUUUGCUCGGUCUUGCAUGA